UCCACAUCUGACUGUGCGCUGUGGUGUUGGCUGAGUGUAGAUUGAUUACCUUUGCGAGAAAGCACAUCCUUUUGCGGUGUGUGCAAAGUAGUGUUUGGAAAUCGACGACCCCCGGUCCAGCUAGUAACGGUUUCGGUAAAAGUCAACAAAAUGGACUACAUUAACUGAGUGCAAGAGUGUUUUCCUGUUUGUGAAUAUUCGAAGGCUCGGCCAAAUUGUUGGGCGAAAUUUUCUUCUGGCCUGGUCGUCGUCGUCGUCGUGCAAGCGAGAGCAAUCAAGCAUUCAAUGUGAAUGGGUGUGUGUGUGCGUGUGGUAGUGGCCUCAAAAUUCGCUCGCUGUCCGUAUACAGUUAACUCCUAGUACGGCCACGGCUGCUACGCUACGGGACGGUACACGGCUACAGAGUGGCGAGAGCUAUUACACGAUUACGACGGACGGCCGAGCGAGGCUUUUUGGCUGUGGUCGCUUUGCUUGCUGCUGAAGCUCCUGGUGUGCGGUGAGGAAGGAAAGGAACGAACGUCGUCGAUCGAAGACAAGCGGGUUGUCCGUCUCGUUUUUUUUUUCGGGAAGAAGCAGGCAGAAGAACAGUGCUCCGUAGAUUUUUUCAUAAUUUUCCCGUUACUUUCGGCCUGGGUUUUAGGUGAAAAGUUCGGGAAAACCCAGCUACGGGGACGUGUGGCCACCAGCAGCGCGGAUUCGUACGAAUUCUGUGCGGAAAACAGUGGAAAAAGUUUGUGGUGCGUCAGUUUUUCGGUGGUGAAGAAAAUUUUCCCCAUAUUUCUUUGCUCUCUGGUUUCGGAACGGGCCCGACAGUGUGAAGGAAAAAAAAAAGAGGUUGCUUCUUUGCUUUUUGAGGUUGUCGAGUGGAAGUGGCUGAGCUCGCACGGAGGCAGGCAGGAAGAAGAGUGAAAAAGUGUGUGUAAAAGUUUUGAAAGAAUAAGAAAACCAACUCCGACGAGAAAAGAAAAGCGAUUUGCAAGUUGGAAAAGUGCGGUGGAAUUUCUGCAGGUGAAAAGUUUCCGGGAAUGAAGUGACACGCUCGAAAGGAACCCCCCGGUUGGAUUUGGAAAGUAGCCAGCUGUCCGCGGCCCACGAACAAACAAGAAGAGGUGCGGUUCUUUCGGUGGUCGCUUUCAGACCAGCAAGAGGCGAAUAGAGCAGGAAGAAGCAGCAGAAAAAUAGCUGUGAAAAUUUUCUGCAGGAAGGAAAGAAAGUCGAGUGGGUGCGACGAAGAGAGUAGUUGGCAGGAGGGAGCAAGCAAAAUCUCUGAAAACUCGCGCCGCGGUGGCGUUUUUUCUUCCGACGAAAAAGCAACCGGACGGACCGACGGAGGAAAAUUGCUGGAGCCCAAAAACGGAAUAUAAUAAUGCUCGAAUGGGAAAUCAAUCGCAUUUUUGAAAGUGUGUGUGUGUACGUGUGAAAUUCGGUGCUCCCGAAAGGUGGUUUCAGAUCCAGCGGAAAACAACCAGCAACUAAAGACUUAUAAACCAACUCAACAAAUCCCGGCAGCAGCAGCAGCAGCAGUCCAGCCCUUGCGAAUGAAUACUCCCGACAGCGUGAAUAACACUCACCUGCCUCCUCGAUUGAGUGUGACGCCAGCGCGAGAAGAGCCUUGAUUGAAUCCUACUCCUCGAACGACGGAACUCCUUCAAGACAAACAAACAAAAUACUCCGGAAAUGCAACCGUCAAGUAGAAGUGACUCCAAGCUGGUGUAUCGAUCAAAACUUGAACACCAAAUCGUGUGUUGAAAUUGCCCGUAUUUAAGGAGGAGUUCCUCUGUGGGGAAAGUGCGAUUGAGAUCAGACGUGUAGUGUGACCUCAUCCAGUGAGUGAGUGAGAGCAAAAGGGGCCAACAAACCAAGCAAGUGAUUUCCGUGCCACGAAGCCGUGACCUGCGGGUGUGUUUGUGCUUGAAUUGCGAAGGAAAAAUCCUCACCGGAAGCAAAGCAAAGUGAGCAAAGCGGAAGCAGGAAGAGAAACGUCUCCGCAUUUCUAAAUUGUUGUUCAGGUGAUUUGUGUCCCUUGCAGUAGGUUACUGAAGGGGGUUUUGUGUGUUCUAGGAAUUCUCUAUAUAGGAAUAGACCGCAUAGCAGGUCAAAGUGAAGGACGUCAAAAUAGCGGCAGUACCACCCAUACCAGCAGUAGCAGUGGUCAGCGGUAGUAGUGGUAUUAGCAAAAACAACACCAACAGCAGCAGCAGUACGAUGUCGGCCACAAUGAGAAUUCUGCUGCAGACUGUUCCGGAGUCGCAACCGGCCGAUCAUGUCACCAAUGCCGUCGCCCCGGUGCAGGGUACUACGCAGACCGAGACCAAAUCGCACUCGCAUGUCACUGCGGCGGCUGCCGUCAAGAACCGAUCCUCGUCCAGUAAGCUGACGAUGACCUUCGCUAUCUAAAUGCUCCAACGGGGAAAAACCAGUGCACCAUAUAGAGACAUUUUCAGUGAAGGUGAAAGUGUACCGCGCAGUGUAUCUCUAACAAAAAAAAACAAAUCCACUUAUACUAGUGUUCAGAGCGAAAAAAAAUAAUAAAAAAAUCAAGCUGUCAUCCAUCUGUUCGCCAUGAAUUCCAAGGAGUUUGAACGCAACGAGCCGAACCGGCGCAGCAUCCGGCUCAAACCGAACAAACUGGAGGUCGUCACCCUCGGUGAACUACCGACGGCCGCCAAACGCACUACCCUUCUCAGUUCUCCGCAGCCGGCUCGCGUCGCUGCCAGAAACCUGCGCAACGAACAAAACUCCUGCGGACAAAUCGACAUCCGUGAUGGCUACAGUCUUAAACUCAGUGACAUUACGGGACUACCCCCGAAAUCCUCCCAUUCGUCUCCCAUAGAACCGGAGGAUCAGUCCCUCUCUGUGCUCCAGAACCUCGAACGUCAAAUCCAUACCAUGGAGUUUGACACCCGCAUGAACGCGGACCGUACCGCGGACGUACUGGAUUCGAAAAAAGACCGUCCGGUUCACUAUGGCGAGCUUCCGAGUCUGCUGAACACCGGCAUCAGCGACGUGUCCGGAAACGGUUUCGGGUACAUGGACAAAACCGGUGAAAGCGACAGCGACGACAAUCUCGGUCCCAGUUCCUUCAAGCGCGGUGAAGACUCUCGCAGCUCCACCGGUGGGGCUUAUACCUCCGCCGCAUCCCGUAAACUCAAAACCACUCGCGUCAUCAACCGAACCGCUUCCGACUCCAAGAACGCCGAAACUACGGCCAAGCUCCUCCGCCAGAAGAAGCCGGCUCCGCGGCCUCCGAUGAUCAUUCCCACCACCUCGCCUCCGCAGGUGACCAAGCUGGUCCCGAAGGAAACCACCCCUAUGGCUACAGCAGUCGGUGGAUCUUCCGGUAGCAGUUCGGCGGGUUCCUCCUCGACAACGGGAAGCUCCUCGAUAGCAGCAGCCAGAGCGUCGCCAGCCAGCAGCGUGAAGAAUUCCACCGAACGAAAAAUCAGCUCCGAGAUAAUGAAACACUUGGUCAGUCCGCAGAAAUCUCAGGGUUCGCCAAAUAUGCAGAUGCGCGGAACGGGCGCCCGAUGGCGACCGGCCGAGGAGCAUAUCGGCAAGUACAAACUGCUGAAAACCAUCGGCAAAGGCAACUUCGCCAAGGUGAAACUGGCUAAGCACGUUCCGACGUCGAAGGAGGUGGCAAUCAAAAUCAUCGACAAGACACAGCUGAAUGCGUCCUCGCUGCAGAAGCUGUACCGGGAGGUGCGAAUAAUGAAACUGCUGGACCACCCGAACAUUGUCAAGCUGUUUCAGGUGAUCGAAACCGAGAAGACGCUCUACCUGGUGAUGGAGUACGCAUCCGGCGGUGAGGUGUUCGACUACCUUGUCCUGCACGGUCGGAUGAAGGAAAAGGAGGCUCGCGCCAAGUUCCGACAGAUCGUGUCCGCCGUCCAGUACUGCCACCAGAAGCGAAUUAUCCAUAGAGAUUUAAAGGCAGAGAACCUGCUACUGGAUAGUGAAAUGAACAUCAAAAUUGCCGAUUUUGGUUUCUCGAACCAAUUCACGCCCGGCUCGAAGCUAGAUACCUUCUGCGGUUCGCCUCCGUACGCCGCACCGGAACUGUUCCAGGGUAGAAAGUAUGACGGUCCCGAAGUGGACGUGUGGUCGCUCGGCGUCAUCUUGUACACCUUGGUCAGUGGGUCGCUCCCGUUCGACGGUGCGACGCUACGAGAACUGCGGGAACGUGUCCUCCGGGGAAAGUAUAGAAUUCCCUUCUACAUGUCGACAGACUGCGAAAACCUGCUGAAGAAAUUCCUCGUCCUCAAUCCGGCCAAACGGGCCAGCCUCGAGUCCAUUAUGAAGGACAAGUGGAUGAACAUGGGCUACGAGGAAGACGAGCUGAUACCCUUCAUUGAACCUAAGCCCGAUCUGAAAGAUCAGAAACGGAUAGGUAAGACGGAAGCGCUAGUCGCGAUGGGCUAUAAUAGGCAAGACAUAGAAGAAUCAUUGACAUUCACACGAUACGAUGAUGUUUUCGCCACUUAUCUACUACUCGGAAGAAAGAGCACGGACCCGGAGUCCGACGGGUCCCGGUCCGGAUCGUCUCUGUCGCUACGUAAUAUCGCCGGCAACGAGGGUGCCGCCGCUGGCAACUCCCAAGUGCAAAGUCCCACGCACCGAGGCGUGCAUCGAAGUAUAUCAGCAUCGAGUACAAAGCCGAGCAGACGAGCCUCGAGUGGGGGUGAAACCUUACAGAUUUUCCAACGCUUCAUUACAGGUGUCGGUCCGACGGCGGCAGUGGCAGCAGCCGCAGCAGCAGCCGGCGGUGGUACCGGCGGCGGAGGUGGUGGCGGUGGCAGUACUGCCACCGGUGCCAGCUCAGCAGCGACCGGUGCCUCGACGGCCAGUGGGGCCGGUGCCGUAGCGGUCAACAGCACCGCCAUCAGUAACAAUCACAGCUCCGGGGCCAGCAGUGGCACCUCGGAACGGACAUCAGUUAGCAGUAAUUUCAAGCGACAGAAUACUAUAGACUCAGCCACCAUGAAGGAGAACACGGCCAGAUUAGCCGCACAAAACCAGAGGCCGGCGUCGAGCAUAACCAAACCGAUCACAUCGGCGGAUAACUCAUCGAUCUCCAGCCCGGCGAAGCCCCGUACCACCAGUACGACCACCGGGAAGUUCGACCCGAGCAACGGUAACCGAACGGUCGGUCCCAGUGCCGGCCUGAUGCCGAGACGGUCCACGACGCUAUACGAGAAGACAUCCUCGACGGAAAAGACAAACGCCACCACGGAUUCCACCUUCAUUGGUCCGAUACCGGAAUUCACCCGUGGCAGCUCGGCCGGAGCGGGCAGUGGCAAAGGUCACGUGAAGAGUGCAUCCGUAUCGAGCCCGGGACCGUCGGCCGACAGUAGUACCAACAGCGCCGCCACAACCGAUCCCCUCCGUCAAAGCAUGGUGAAUCGCAAUAGUCUUACACCAGCCGUUAAUUCUUCCAGACAACCGGUUGCAUUUCCCAGGAAUGUUCCAUCGCGAUCGACUUUCCACUCGGGCCAAACCAGAUCCCGCAACAGUACGACAUAUGCCGGCACCGGAGGCAACGUCGGCGACUCGCCACACACUGGCAAAACUUUCCUGCAAAGACUUACUACCAGAUUCAGCAAACGGCCCAACGAAGGCCAAGCAAAUACUUCAUCAAAUAGUAGUGGCUCGACUGGAGAGGAACCGGUAAAGCCACGGGUGCUACGCUUCACCUGGUCGAUGAAGACGACAUCGCCUCGGUUGCCGGACGAAAUCAUGGCCGAGAUUCGGUCCGUGCUGGACAAGAACAACUGUGAUUACGAGCAGCGGGAGAGGUUUGUUUUGCUGUGCGUGCACGGUGACCCGAACACGGACUCGCUGGUGCAAUGGGAAAUCGAGGUCUGCAAGCUGCCACGGCUAUCGCUCAACGGUGUGCGGUUUAAGAGAAUAUCAGGCACCAGCAUCGGCUUCAAGAACAUUGCCUCCAAGAUCGCGUACGAUCUACGUCUGUGACUCGAUACAAAAUCGGAGGAGUACCACUCGGUCGGUAGCGAUGCACCGGAUGGUAGUGAUAAGGGCGACGGCGAUGGCAAUGAUGGCGGCAACGGAGGUGGUAGCACCGGAGGUGGCAGCACCGGAGGCAAUGGUGACAACAAUGACAGCAGUGGAAUCGAACAUGGUGAUGAUACGACAACAACAACUACAACCGCGGGAGAAGACGGUGGCUAUAGGAAAAAUUCUAUUGGAAAUUCUACUACCACAUCAAAUACCACCGGAAGCGGUGGUUGUAGAUAUGGUGGUACUAGUACUACUGGUACUACAUACAUGACGACGGUGAGCGAUGCUAAACCUUACGAUGGUUUCAACGUUAACCACUACUACCCGGGCGAUAAUUACAAGACAGUCCGUGAUGAUGGCAAAGCGGCAAAGGCGGAAGAUUCCCCCACCUCGAAGGGAGGUGAUGGUGACAAGGUGGUUGGUUACAACAAUAUAUUUGCAUCGUUGCUGAGAACUACUACACUUUAGAAUGAGGGAGAAGUUCUAGAGACGGAGUUGUUUAACAGAGUGUUGUCAAGUUUUUAGAGUGUUGACAGUUUACUUAUAAACUAGAAGGAAAAUCGUAUUGCAAUGGAGCCAUUUUUUAUAAACACACACACACACACACACACACAUAUACACACAGAUGUUCAUGAUGGUAGAAGAUUAAACACACAAAUCCGUUACAAAAUAGUAUUCUCGUUGAAAGGAUAACCAUUAAUCAAAGGGACAUAUUUAGCUAAUUCAGAACCUAAAACAAAUGAGUGCAUUGUGCCGUAUACAGAUAUCUUCCCCACACGAGCAGUAGGUAAACGAUUGCUUUCACCUUUAAUUCGAAACCUUCGUUAUUGACUUUCCAGAAUUUUAAUCGUAGUGUCUUUUCAAUUCUAUUGAAUUCUAAUCGAAUUUCACUCAUUUGUGGAGAACUAUAUCGGUAAACUACUGCUCAAACUGCGAUGAGUCGAGUGAACGACAUUUAUAUAAAUAGUUGCAUAUAUGCGUUUUAAUAUCAAACUAGCUCACCCAUACUCACGGUCAUGAACUAUUCUAAUCCUACGCAAAGAACACAAAAUUAACGAAAAUGCCUUUUAACAGCAACAGCAAAACAAACAAAAGACAAUGUCACCAUCAUCACCUCGAAUUAUGCGAAAGCAACCCCAUUCAAAGUUUCCCCUAUGCUCCUACCGCGGAAUACAACUGAGAAAAGACUUAUCCAAGUGGAAGCUCCCGUUUCUAGGAACAAACAUAAAACAAUGACUGAUUUUAUCCGUGGGAUUUGUUCGGAAUCGAACCCACAGAAUCUAUCUACUACACACUACCUACUACAACCGCAUCUACUGCACACCUUUCGCGCGUAUUGUCUAUCGUAGAGUACAGCACCGUCAGCAUCUCGUGUAAAAACAUUUGUAGAACUGUAGUAUCGCAUCAUCACACGUGUCUCCCACGUAGCUAGGUCGAAUUUACCUGAUUUAAUUGUUGCCCCACAGGCAGUGAGACGAAUCAGAACGUAAUAUUGUAUAAACAAAAACCAAAAAAAGUAUGUAUCGCCAAUAUAAAUGUCACCCUGUUAUCGCUUCCCGCUUUCGCCUCCAGGAGAGAGGGCUCGCUACCCAAAUCCGAACUGUGCGAAAGUGUGCGUGCGUGUUAGUGUUUUGGUAGCACUAGAAUAUCCGUAGUAGGACUUGUUUUCUAGCAGUAGUGUGAUCGAAUGGAACGAAUGGACCCGAGUGGAUGGCAGAAUGGUUGAGAGUUCCUGUAUUUUUCCGGGACAAAGCUAACGAACUAAUUCAGCUAAAAGUGAAUUUAAACUAAUGAGAGCUCGUUCUUACUGAGUAGUUAAGUGCAAGUAAAAGGUCAUAUUCAGUGGGUUUUUCUCACAUUCAGUGUACAUUUUCUCAUAGAUUCAAGACCCAUUAAUCAGGAAACAACAUCAAGAAGGCACUCGUUUCCACGUGAUGCACGGCGGGCUGUCAAAUGUCAAGCAAAACUUCCACCAGAUGGCGCAUUGUGAGUCGCUCGUUCGUAAGUAGCUUUUUCCGUUUCCAAUACGUUUUGAUAGUUUGUAAUACUACGUUUCGUUGCAAAUUGAUGCUCGCUUACAGCGAUAGUGCCGUCUGCUAUUGAAUUUAGUGCAAUUUUGUAAGUUUUAAUUGAUGAAUUAUGCUUUAGAAAAUGCCAAGUGCCAGGAAGGCCACCAUCUUGGGAACGGGUGUCCAAUUAUCUGCUCACAGUUUUUCCUCAUAUCCUAACGUUGCAUCUCUCAUUUGAACAUUGAAUUGAACACCACGUAAACUAUUCAUACAUUUUCGACAAACAUAUACCCACUCUCAUGAAAGUUAUUAAAAACAAAAA